ACAGUGGGUACACGACAAAGUUCUUAGAGAUGCAGAAGGAGAACCCGAAAGCCCUAGGGAUAUUCGCUUGCAAGACCGGUCUGGACUCCUCAUGCUGGAUCAAUAUGAAGGUAGACUUUUGAUUCCUCAUGCUGGACGAAUAUGAAGCAGGUACACAUUUUUUAUCUUUGGCGCAGGGUGAAGAUGAUAUGCUGCCAGUAAAUAGGACUAGCUUCUUAAAAUGGUGCUUCCGUAGAUCUCACCAGCUUCAUGUGAAGAAACCCAGGUAGAUGUUGCUAGUUUCUCUUGAGAUUUAUGUCGGGAAGCUCUCAGGUUCCUUCUCUGCGUGCGGCGAAAUGCCAUGAUGACUACACAACGAAAUUCUGCCGAUUGCACAACGACGCACACAUUCUGUGCCUAGGGCAGAAUACGAUUGGGCCAGAAGUUACGGCGAUGAGGUUGAAGACAGUCGUGCUACUUUUUACAACCUCGUAUCAUAAAAAGUGAGACGAGUUGGUUCAAAUUAGUUCUCAAUACACCCACACCGCUACUCCUCCGGUAGUACUAGAGUACCCCGUUGAUAAGUACUUCAUGUAGCAUCUAGCAUCACUGCAAUAGAAGUGCAACGGCGUUGUUGCUCUUCUAAGGAUCUGGCGAAGGAGAUGGUGAAACGUUUUGUCACGACAGAAUUUGAAGGCGAUAGGCAUGUACAGAGACUGCAGAAAGUGCAUGGGCUGUGCGGAGCAGAGAACAAGUAGUAGUCACAUUUCAUCUUAUCGAGUUUGACUUACUUCCAGAGCUGUCUAUGUGUCGUCACAACUGGUAGUUCUGUCAAGGAGGUGGCUUCUGAAUGGCACCGGCACCCAAUUCACAAGGUUGUAGACGACGAGUACGAAAAUCCACGUUGGCCCUGUUGAACCGCAUGGUCCGAAUCUUCUUCACGAUAAGACGCAAAACGCGGAAGUAUCAGACGGCUUCAUGGGUGCUUGAGCAAGGUUAUUCCGAGGAGCAUUAGCGCAAGGCGCGAAGGGCUAACUAUGAGCGGAAGCAGUUGCGGGGACGCCACGCGGAUGGAAUUUGACUUGCGCAUGAUGUGCGGUGAAGGCACAGUGUAGACACGCUACAACAGGAACAUUCUAUGACCUUCUAAGGAGGUCGAGCAAGAAGACGUGUUAGUUCCUAGAAGCAACAACAAUAAGGAUGACAGGCAAAAAUCUAAGCUGCUGCAUUGACACUUACCACAUUUGACCACCUGACAAGCAUGACGGUUUUAUGAGCUAGUGUGGCUCGUUCCUGAUAGGCUCUUGUGGACCCGCAUCAUUAGGCUGUUGCGGACCCGCAUUAGUAAGUAAAUGGACCCACAUCACUUUCGUCCUGGCGGAGAAAUCCUUGAGCCGUGGUGCGUAUCUACACCCAGAGGAAUACAGUUUCGUCGUGAUCACAGCAC